AUGGCGUUCAGAAAGCGCAACAUCUCAAUCGGCCGUUCGCCGAACUCUACAUCAACCGAAUCACCUGCGGCCAAUGUUCCUGGAGUGCGCCCGUCGCCUCUGACAUCGCAUUCGGUCACUUCUACUGGCACUGCAUCGCUAGAUGGUUUGCUUGGUGGUCACUCUGGCCUUGCGCUAGGGAACAGCCUCCUGAUCGAAGAAAGCGGAACCACAGACUUCGCAGGAGCACUUCUCAAGUACUAUGCGGCUGAGGGCAUAUGCCAGGGCCACGUCCUGCAUGUUGUUGGCCUGGGUGAAGGUUGGGUGCGGGAAUUACCCGGCAAGGCGGAAGAGAAGAGCAAGGACAACCUUGCCAGAUCAGCAGCCGACGAAGAGAAGAUGAAAAUUGCUUGGAGAUACGAGCGAUUUGGCCAAGCUGGGGAAAGAGGUGCCAGUUCUGCUACGUCAGAGAUUCCUUUCAAUCACACAUUUGACCUGAGCAAGCGUCUUGCAACACUGGCAGACGCAAGAGUCAAUCACAUUCCAAUAUCUCCUUCUUUCACUUUCGAUGUGAUUAUCCAGUCUGUCCUGCGCAAUCUCAAUACUUCGCCGGAUGCAGCGAUCCAUCGGCUGGUAGUCCCAUCUAUCCUGAGCCCAGCCAUGUAUCCGCCGACUUUGAGCAGGCCAGAAGCACUUCUUGGCUUCUUCCGGGCUUUGCGGUCUCUACUUCGACAGUUCCCAAGCAGAUUGACUGCGAUGGUCACAUUGCCUCUGGAACUUUAUCCGAGAGCAUCUGGUAUGGUUCGGUGGGCAGAGAUUCUCAGCGAUGGUGUCAUUGAGCUCACACCAUUCCCACACCUCAUGGAUGCUUCAAACAGCCUAGCAGAAAGCGGCGGCGCACGCGGGAAUGAGGAGCAGCCGCAAGGUCUGGUACGAUUUCAUAAGCUUCCGGUCAACUCUGAGCGCGGUGAGGGAGGAGCAGGUGCUGGAAACAGCAUAGGCGAAGAUCUAGCGUUCACGGUUAGCAGACGGAAGUUCGUCAUUAAGCCCUUCUCCUUGCCACCUUUAGAGGGAGAUCAAGAGGCGCAGAAGGACGCCGGGAGGGUCACUGCGAAGGAUGUGGAAUUUUGA